AUGUCUCCUGAGGGCAGCCGCUUCCCCGAACCCCAACGGCCCUGGAAAAGGGGGGACCGCCCCGACGCCAGCGCCCGGCAAGCCUUCGAGGCUGUCACCAUCAUCACCUACAAAGAGCCCGAAAACCCCGAGUACCGGCCCUUCCUGGCACGGCUGAAGGAGGAGGCGCUUGCCCACUUCAACUUCUCCAUGAAGGACGGCUUGAUGAACUUCAUCGCGGCCGCCUUCCAUGAUGGGGUGCUGCUCUACGCCCAGGCCGUCAACGAGACGCUGGAGCGAGGUGGCUCCAUCACCAACGCCUCCGCCAUCACCCGCCAGAUGUGGAACCGCACCUUCUAUGGUGUCACCGGCUUCCUAAAGAUCGAUGAGAACGGGGACCGGGAGAGUGACUACUCCUUGUGGGACAUGGAUCCCGUGCGGGGGGACUUCCAGAUCGUGGCCAACUACAACGGCACUACCAAGAAGAUCCAGAUGGUGCCAGGGCGUGAGAUCCACUGGCCGGGCAACGUGGUCCCCUCUGAUGUCCCCCCUUGUGGCUUCGAUAACAGCGACCCGCUGUGCCGCAAAGCCAACCUGUCCACCCUGGAGAUCCUGUCCCUCGUGGUCAGCCUGAUCCUCUUGGCCAUCACCGUCACCUCCUUCUUCAUCUACAGGAAGCUGCAGCUGGAGAAGGAGUUGGCGGCCGAGCUGUGGCGUAUCCGCUGGGAGGACGUGCAGAUGAGCAGCUUGGAGAAACAUCUCCGGAGCGCCGGCAGCAAGCUCACCCUCUCCCUGAGGGGCUCCAACUACGGCUCGUUGAUGACCACAGAGGGGCAGUUCCAGGUCUACGCCAAGACGGCAUAUUACAAGGGCAACCUCGUGGCCGUGAAGCACCUCAACCGCAAACGCAUCGAGCUGACGCGCAAGGUCUUGUUCGAGCUGAAGCACAUGCGGGAUGUCCAAAACGAGCAUCUGACCCGCUUCAUCGGUGCCUGCACUGACCCCCCGAACAUCUGCAUCCUGACUGAGUACUGCCCACGCGGGAGCCUCCAGGACAUCUUGGAGAACGAGAGCAUCACGCUGGACUGGAUGUUCCGCUAUUCCCUCACCCAUGACAUUGUCAAGGGGAUGCAGUUCUUGCACAAUGGGGUGAUCGUCUCCCACGGGAACCUCAAGUCCUCCAACUGCGUGGUGGACAGCCGCUUCGUCUUGAAGAUCACCGACUACGGGCUGGAGAGCUUCCGCGUGGCCCCCGACGGCGAGGACUCCCACGCGCUCUUCGCCAAGAAGCUGUGGACGGCACCUGAGCUGCUGCGGAUGGAGUCACCACCGGCUCGCGGCACACAGAAGGGCGACGUUUACAGCUUCGGCAUCAUCCUGCAAGAGAUCGCACUGCGCAAUGGCGUCUUCUACGUGGAGGGGCUGGACCUGAGCCCCAAAGAGAUCAUUGAACGGGUGAAGAGUGGGGAGCGCCCCAGCUUCCGCCCCUCAGCCAAUGUGGGGUGCCACAUGGAGGAGCUGGGCCAGCUGAUGCAGCACUGCUGGGCCGAGGACGUCCUGGAGCGCCCCGACUUCAACCAAAUCAAGGUCCAGCUCCGCAAGUUCAACAGGGAGAGCAGCAGCAACAUCCUGGACAACCUGCUGUCACGCAUGGAGCAGUACGCCAACAACCUGGAGGAGCUGGUGGAGGAGCGAACCCAAGCCUACCUGGAGGAGAAGCGCAAGGCCGAGGCUCUGCUUUACCAGAUCCUGCCCCACUCGGUGGCGGAGCAGCUGAAGCGGGGGGAGACGGUGCAGGCGGAGGCCUUCGACAGCGUCACCAUCUACUUCAGCGACAUCGUGGGCUUCACGGCGCUGUCGGCCGAGAGCACCCCCAUGCAGGUGGUGACGCUGCUCAACGACCUCUACACCUGCUUCGACGCCAUUAUCGACAACUUCGACGUCUACAAGGUGGAGACGAUCGGGGACGCCUACAUGGUGGUGUCGGGGUUGCCGGUGCGCAACGGGAAGCUGCACGCCCGCGAGGUUGCCCGCAUGGCCCUGCCUCUGCUGGACCCCGUCCGCUCCUUCCGUACGGCUUCCCAUGGGUGA